GGACGGAGGCAACCCAUGAUCGCAGACUCAACACGCAUCCUCACACCACUGACCUGGGCUUAGCUGUGUCCUGCAUGUGUGUGCAUGUGUGUGCGUGUGUGAGCGGGAGUGUGAGUGAUCCCCAGAAACCAGCAGCAGGAUGGAGGAUCUCAAGGAGAAUCUGGGAACUUUGGAUUGACGCCCGGGGAUAACGCGCAGACGGCCUGAACCUCAUCGGGCUUCUCGUGGAUUUAUAUAUUUGGAUGUUGUCCGUUUUACCCUUUUACCUUUUACUUCUAGGCAGCGGGAUUUUACGCUUGGCUUACAACCCUUAUCAUCUUUGGCGUGCAAAAUGCCAUUCGCCAAAAGGAUUGUGGAGCCGCAGCUUCUGUGCAGACACCCGAUCCCCAAUGAUGAUGGUCUGCUUUUCGAGGACCUGUGUGCCAUCAGUAAUGUGGUUCUUUCCCGGACCUUGCGACAGCUCUCCGACCUGGCCCGACACGCCUGCUCCUUAUUUCAGGAGCUGGAAAACGACAUCAUCAGCACCAACCAACGGGUCUGGGUCCUCCAGAAUAAAAUAGGCCAAAUACAGCAGACUGCCAGUGCCCUAGACCCCAAAAAGGAGGCUGUGCCGGUGUCGAACCUUGACAUAGAGAGCAAGCUGUCGGUUCACUAUCAGGCUCCAUGGCACCAGCAGCACAACGUAUUUCAUCCUUGCACCCGACCGCCGUGUCUGGAGGAGCUGCACAGAAAUGCUCAGCUCAGUCUCAGAGCUCUGCACCGAGACGAACAACAGCGGCAGCGGUCCACGAGUCGGGAGAGAAACAGGGUGACCAUCUCUAUCUCAGUGGCGCCCCCCAUGCCCACCUUCCCUUCGCCCCACACCAUCCGGCGGCAACAGAGGAGUCGCCUGGCAAGAGCGCAAGAGAGAGCAGAAAGGGAGCGAGACUUAGACUACCAACCCAGGAAGGAGAGGCCUGUGAAAGAAUCAGAAAUCCAGACCAUACAGAGAAAAGAGAGGCCAAGAGAAGCAGAUGUUCAGACGAUCCAAAGAAAGUUUGAGUGCUUUUACUCGCUUCACCCUAUUGAAAGUUGCAUCUUCAUUCCAUGGAAUAGAAAGGCUACCUCUACAGGGGAAGGUGAAGGCAGUGAGGUCUUGGGAAGCAACAGAGCCCAAGCGUCAGCCCCCAGUGCCCCUUCAACCCAGGAUAAGCAGACAAACUGGUCGAAGGAAAACGUCCCACCAUCAGAUCACAAGUCAUCUGGCGAUUCUCAUCCUAUCUCUUCCUGUAUCAUCCCGAUCAAUGUCACAGGAGUUGGGUUUGACAGGGAAGCAAGUGCUCGAUGCUCUCUAGUCCAUUCUCAGUCAGUUCUUCAGAGGAGAAGGAAGCUAAGGAGGAGGAAAACCAUAACAGGAAUACCCAAAAGAGUACAGCACGAUAUGGAUUCCGAUGAAUCACCCGUGGCAAGAGAGCGCACAGUGAUUAUCCAUGCCAAUCCACAUCAACUCUCGCUCUGUCAGGAAGAACUCUCAGUCAGUGGUCGCCUCCAUCACACUCGUGACUCUGGCUGCCAGACAGAUGAUUUUCUUAUAGCAUGUACAGCUGCUCCCUCCAGAAGGCGUAUUAGAGCUCAGCGAGGCCAUCAGGGAAUUCCUGCCUCUUUGUCCCAUUCAACAGGAAAUAUUUCUUCUCUUGGUGACCAGUCAGACUCAACAUACACCACAGCCACAUCCCAUGGUGGGCGAUUGCGCUCCCGUAGCCUUCCACGAGAGGGUGGACGCCUGAUGGAUAGUGAUGAGGAUGACGAUGACAAUUAUGAUGAUGAUGAUGAAGAUGAAGAAUUGUCACCUUACGAAGCAGAGGACUUUAUUCCAGCUGGCCCCAGUCCAAGAAUGAAGAUGAUGAUGAUGAAGGAUGAAGAGGAGAGCACAGAUGACCAAGCAGCUCCAGAGCCACUACAACUUGGAAGCCUAAAAAGGCUGCAGCGAACUGGGGAGAGAGACAGAGGAGGUGGAGGAGGUGGAAGCCCAGAGCAUAGCUGGAUGGAGAGGGGUCGUUCACGGUUACCACGCAAGGCUGACAUGGGCAGCUGCGAGAUCUCGUCAAGCUCAGAUACUUUUAGUAGCCCUAUUCAUUCAGUGUCUACAACAGGAGUCUUAGGCAGCCAUGUGGAUCACAAAGAAGACCACCAGUCAUCGAGCGGGAACUGGAGUGGUUCUAGUUCUACCUGCCCCUCACAAACAUCUGAAACCAUCCCGCCACCCUCUUCUCCACCCCUGACAGGCUCAUCCCACUGUGAUUCAGAGCUGUCACUCAACACCGUGCCCAAUGCUAUUGAUGAGGGAUUCUCCCUCGAUCCCUCAUAUCACUCUGACCUCAGACCCCAAGGCCAGGGUCACAGAUCAAGCUCAUUCACAUCCUCAGCCACAGACCAGCUGGAUGAUGCAGGUGUCAGUACAGCCAGUGAAGGAGAGUGGACAUACCCUCCAGACCAAGAUCAGACUGACCAAGAUCAAGACCCUGACCAGACCCAAAACCUGAGCCAGAGCCAUGGGGUAACCCAAGAGUACAGCUCUAAACAUAGCCUUGAAGACCAAGCUGGCUUCAGUGACAAAACAAGCAACACUGAAACAGAGCCUGGCUCUCAUUACCCAUCUGAUACAGAAGGUUUCUAUUCCUCUUCUGUGCAUAUCAGAGAGUGUAAUCAGAGUUAUAGAGGAUACAUGUAUAACUAUGCAGACCAAGGGCCUGACUGUGGUCAGUCCAACACUGUGGCAGCACCACUAUCACAUGGAGUUUACCCUGAGCCCUCAGCUGACUUCAGAGCAGGCACUCUAACCCUGGGGAGGACAUCUCGUUCAUUGAGGAAACCGAAAGUCAAACCUCCACCACCCAAACGAACCUCCUCGCUAAAGGAACCCAGUGGUAGUGUUGAUGUCGGAACGGACACACAGGCAGAUCAGGAUCAACCAAAGAUGGUUAUUGAACAGGAGCUUACCGUGUCUUCCACAGAUAUGAAGCUGGAACUGGACCUAGAGCUUGGAGUUGCUCCAGAACCAUUACAGACAUCCUGUCUAGUGGCAGAGCCUUUGGGAACAUGGGGAAUGGGACUUGGGGAAACUGUGGACAUAGUAGAGCCCAUGUCUUUCAGCUCUGCAGAUACACACUCAUUUAAAGAUGAAGGUGCUGUGCAAUCUGACUAUGCAGACCUUUGGCUUCAUAACAGUGAACUGAAGUCCAACAAUGGUGAGUACACAUCCAUGUCCAACUCAAGCACCGCCACAGGCACUACUGUCAUGGAGUGUAUCAAGUCACCAGACAGCUCUUCCUCUUCUACAGAAACCCAAACCCAGGCUCCUACCCAGGCUUCAGACACCGUGGCAACUAGUUCACCACUCCCACCUGAAGACUUCAAACUAGGGUCUCCUGAGAAACUGGCUGGUCUGGCCUCACCAUCAAGUGGUUAUUCCAGCCAAUCAGAAACACCUACAUCAACCUUGCCCACAUCUUCGGCAGCAUUUUUCCCAGGACCGUUGUCUCCUUCAACUGGCAAGAGGAAGCCCAAAGUGCCAGAGAGGAAGUCUUCUCUCGCUUCCCUGCAGCAUUUCCCCAGAGAUGGAGCUUCCAUUUCCUCUUGCUAUAAGAGAGACCCAGACUUUCCACCUCCACCUUCUCAGCUGGAUCUCAGUGUCCUUCAUGGUGGCUAUGUCAGACACACGUUAUCCCACCGGACUUACCACAUGCACACAUUGCACCAUAGCAAACACAGAGCUGCAAAUGUUUUAGCCAGUGGCACAAAGUUGUUGGCUCCUGAAGCAUCAAAUACCAACCCACCACCAAGUUCAAACCCUACAUUAACAAUUCCUAGUUCAAAUCUGUCAGCGAUAACACCGUCUGCUCUUCGAUCAGUGCAGCUUCAUUCUGUUAGCCAAUCUGCAGAUCAACAAAUUACUUACACUACAGACCAGGAAACACCAAGUGUAACAGAAAUUGCUACAAGACCCAAAUGUCCUCCUAGUGCUUCUACUCUGGCUCCGCCACCUCCUAACACUAGGCCUCUCCCUCCUCGCAGACCUCCUCCUAGACCACCAGGUCAUGAGCACACCUCCUCCCCUGAGCAUGCACAACCAACUCCUCCUGGCCGUCAUCCUGAUGGGCCUCCAUCUUAUGAAAGCCUGCUACUUAGACAGGACCGCUAUGGACCUGGAACUUUCUGGGCUAUGACUGCCUUCCGAACCCGAAUGGACCCAUCAUCAGACCUCUCUGAGGACAGCUCACCUGUGCAUCGACCUGUCCCACGUGCUCCCCAUCCAUCUCCUGUGGAUCUACACACACAUAUCCAUUCUCAUAGAGAGUUCAGAGGGCUCACCCACUCAUCUCGUGCACAUCCUGAGUUUAGGGUUUUAGGAGAACGCUCCUUCUCUCAGGAUGAUGAUGAUGAUGAAGAUGAAGAGGAGGAAGAGGAAGAGCACAUGAAAGAACCCCCUAGAGCUGUAUGUCCCAGAGGAGGUAUGCGAUCAGAUCAUCCUCCACCCCCAGCAUAUGAGUUUGCUGGGGGAUCCCACUCAGACUCAGGGCCCUGGGCUAGUCCAAUCAAAGUGCCUGGUACCACAAUGGAGACAUCGCAUUCUUACCUAAUCAGUGACCCAAGAAAAGGAGGACACGAAGAACAGGAAGAAGAGGAGGAAGUGACAUCAGGUGCUACCAGAAGUGCCCAGCAACAACAGCCACAGGAAAGCAAAGAUGAUUCCACGACUCCUGACACUGAGGAUUACUUCAGUAAAGGGAUGUUGUGUGCUACAGAUUCCACACCCAGUGAUAAUUCGCUCUCCCCUCUGACGGAUGACACCAAAGUGGAUGAUGACAUCAUUAUCACGUCACCCAAUAAGACUCGAACAACUGAGGACCUGUUUGCCAUGAUACACAGAUCCAAGAGAAAGGUCCUGGGUCGUAAAGAUUCUGGCGACUUAAAUGUUAAGUCUCGUCUCUGCCCUCCAGUACCAGUCACCCCCAGCAACGUGUCCACCGUCAUUAUCCCUCCAGCACCUCCUCUCAACAUUCCAGUUACCUUAGCCACUGCUGUUGGGUCACAACGAGCCCCUGUGCCAAUCUAUCGCAGCGCCAAGAAAUCAAGUACGUCGAACGAGGAAUUUAAACUAUUGUUGCUAAAAAAAGGAAGCAGGACUGAUUCCAGCUAUCGCAUGUCAGCUACAGAGAUUCUGAAAAGCCCUAUUACCCCUAAAACACCAGGGGAGUCUGUUCAGGAAGGGCCCAUUAGACAGGGAGAGGAGCCACCCUCUACGCUCCAGGAGACCCCCAUUUCUGGCCUCGACCCAAUCCAGAUACCAGGUCUUUUUCCCAGAGCCAACUCUGAGAGUUUUGCAUCGAAAACCCUGCCUAUGUCGGCUGCAUCUCGACAAGGACGUUCUCGGAUACCCCCUGUAGCCAACAGUAGUCGCUACAGUACACGCAGUCGCCUCUACACAGCCCCCAUGCAAGCCAUUUCUGAAGGGGAGACCGAGAACUCAGAUGGGAGCCCCCAUGAUGACAGAUCAUCCUAAAGCCACCCGAUGCGUGAUGUCCUCUAUUCUUAGCUGUGCCCAGCAUUUCAAACGGCCCCUUCUACUUUUCUUGGAUGGCUGUGUCAUCGAGGCCAAUGGUGUAAUUCUUAUGACACACAAAAUCUGACUGUUGCAGAAAUAAAUCCGGUUGUGGAUAUACUAUUCUAUAAAAAGGUGUCAAACUGUUGUGAGAAUUUGAACCAUAAAGGUUAUGAAAAACUAUGAAAAAAUAGUGUAUUAAAUAAAUAAUUCCCUUAUCGAAAAAAAAUGCAAGACUUAUUUUGAUUGAACUAUCUUUUUAAAAAAAAAAUAAGAAAUAACGAGUUCAAAAUGUUUAAAAAAUUAUAAAAAGAAAUUUUGUGGAGUGUAGACAAGGUGCGUUUGUGUGUGCAUGAGCAAGCACAUGCAACAUCCACUGAUAUUUCUACUUCUUGUGUUGUGAAUGAUGUGGGUGUGUGUAUGUCAUUGAGGAACUGCUUUCUUAUUCAAUUUAAAAAUUCUUAUGACAAUUAAUAUUCUUUUAACUUGUGGUGCCCAAAGCAUCAACUUCCUAGACUCCAUAUUCAAUAUUCCUGCCAACCAGCAAGGUUUGUCUCAUUGUGGAAGUUAUCUCUCAAAACAGCAUUGACUUAUUAGACUGGAUUUCCAUCUGCAGACCUGGCAUAGAGAGUAUAUCACACAGAGCCAAUCAUAUAUUUCUUCACAUAAAUUAUAUCCAAAAAGAUGACAUGAUGCAUGUAUUUUUGUAAAAUUGCUUCUCAGAACAUGAUGAUAAAGUUUCACCAUGUUGCAUGAACCUAUAUGGAAACAUCCCCUGGAUCCUGGUUUCUGUCGACAUUUUUGUGGUUCUUUUGUAUUAUAUGAAUCUUUCUCUGCAGAAAGAUUUGGUUGACAUUUGUACCACAUUGAUCUAAACUGAUUCGUCUUGGAUUUGAGUGUUUAAUAAGAAGGAGCAAGGGCUUGCGCCUAUUUGUCUAAGAUACAUGCUAAUUCUGGACAAUCGCACAGUGGCCUUUCUCUACCAGAGGUGGUUUUAAGCAGGGAAUUUGUAAAUCUCUGCAUGUAUUCAUGGAGCUGUGCCAUGUUUCACCAAAAGUCAAUCAUGAACCCAACCUUGAAAUCUAGUAUACUUAGACUAAUUAAAGAUUUUCCAGCUGCUGGCCAGUCUUGCUGUCCUGACUUGAAGUGAAAAAAAGGUACAUUUCAACCAGAUUUAAAUACACCACUGAGUGCAGAUGGUGAAAAUGCUUUAGAUGGUUCUCAAUCGGUUUGACUAGAGGUUCAUUUGGAAAGGUUUCCAAGAAUCAACUUCGCUUUUGCACUUCAUGAUUAUUCAAGAAUAUUCCUUGAAAAGAAAAUAUAUCUUAUAGUGAAAUGCAUAUGUAUAUUUGUACUGAAUAUAAAGAAAACUCAUAUCUAUAUAAAAUGACAAACAGAAAUUUUAUAAGGAAUCAAUCUGAGUGUAGCAAAGAACAGGUCUCACUGAAAACAUAACACAUAAAUCUUAGCAAUGUACACUGUUCUCCUCUCCUUGUUGCCUCUCCUUCAUUUGCACUGACCCAGUGUAGCAUUAGACAGGUGAAAGCUCAACCCAGUGUCAGGUGUACACCAUUUUGUCUUGCACUCCAAACCUCAUAUAUCUCAAAAUCUGAAUGAGAGGAGGCAAGAGGAGGAAAGGACUGCAUACAUCCAGUGUUCAACAGUCAGCAGGGUACCGAUUGCCUCGCUGCAGCCUUUUCUCUCCCACACCCGGUUUCAAGUGUGCUGUGAACUCUCUCUCAUCCUUCAAAUAAACAUUACACAGUGUUUUACAGAAGCAAACUAUCAUCAGUGGAAAGCUUGAACUCUCACCUGCCUACCACAGCAAACGCAACACAUACACGUCUUACAUUCAGAGACCGUACUUCAAUUGAAACCACUCACUGUAUUCUGUGAAUACCUCAGCAAGCAUAUUACUGUUUUAUUGUAAAUGAUAGAUAGAUAGAUAGAUAGAUAGAUAGAUAGAUAGAUAGAUAGAUAGAUAGAUAGAUAGAUAGCAAACCACAACUGUUUGAUACUCAGCGAAUAUCAAUUGCAGAACUGACACUGUGUAAGAUGGAGAGAGUAAAAAGCUGUGAACUGAUUACUUUGACAUUUAUCAUACUCAUACUGCUGAAGCGCACCUGUUCCUGUUCACUGUUUUAUUUGUUGUGUUUUCUGUCGCAUGCAAUAAGCAACAGUGGGGGGAGGGGGUGGGAAUGAGUGAGGGAGAAGAAAAGAAAAGGACACCGCCAAAUCAUUAUUUUUAUCUGAGGGAUGUCUCCAUGAGAAGAGAUUUUUGUAUUUUCUGUUCAAACGUCAAGUUCAAUAGUGUGUUCUAUAGAUGUACAAACUGUCUGGCUAAUUCUGUUCUGUAUAGUCGUGAUCACAAACAGGGGUUUAUCUUGUACUGUAUAUCUAUUCACUGGACAAUCAUAGGUUAUAAGAGAUUGUAAAGAAAAUGAUCUAGAAUCUGCUGGGAGGGAGAAAUCUGAACACUUUCGGUGCUGGGUCCUAGUCCUGGUGGAGCUGUGGAAGUGAGAGAAAUAUUUUCCAGGAGAAACUGCUGAUUAUGUUUAAAGUGCAUAUGUGUACACGCCAGUUUCGAUACAAUGUACAAAUAAAGAGUAAGCAAGGAAAAACAUGAAUUCGUAAAUACAAAAAACUAGUUUGGAUGUGAUCAGAGUGUCACCAUCCAGUUUUGACUAAUAGCUAAAUAUUUUGUUUCCCACUAAUAUUAUUACUGAAUAACUCAAAUAAAAUCAUUUGUAGGGCUGUAACAGUAUUACAUGAAAAAUGCAACGUGACUGUGAAUUGCCAUGUGAAAUUCUCCAAACACUCAGUAUUUGACCAGUUAAGUAUUUGACCUUUAGUUUAGUUUGUGAUUUUUCCGUACUGUACCUGGCACUGACGCCUUAAAGGUAUUCCAAGACUGUUUCUUUUAUUUGUAAGGAGUGGACAGAGGGGUUGACACAUUUUGUAAGAAAGAGAAACUCUUGAGGUUGCCAUGCAGACUCUAGUUUAACACUCUUUUCGCCCUCUAAAACCUAAGUCCUCAGCAGCUUGGGAAUACAACAAAACAAGAAUCUGUAACUUUUAUGGAUUUUUUUUUUCAAUCUGUUUCCAAUAUCUGCACGCAAGGGGAAGUUUGAUGACAACCACUUGGUAUUUUUAUUCAGAAGUGUACAGUAUGGAAUAACACUAAACAGACUUUUAAAAAAAAAGUGACAUAGAGGAGAAAAAAUAAACACUGAAAACAAACUGUAACUAUUUAAAAGAUGCUCCAUGCUUAAAACUAGCUAGGACUUGUCAGAUUUGAAUCACUUUUGUAUUUUUGUAUAAACAUGUAAAUACGUUUUUAAAGAAAAAAAAUGUUGCAAAUUCUUUCUUUUGUAAAAUAAACAAAUAAAAAAAUUAAAAACAAAGAAAGUUUUUUUUUUUUCAAAGUUUACAUGAUUAUUUCCAAGCCUUUGUAUAUUAUGGGGCUGUGCAACACCUUCAGUCUUGUAUUUAUUUUGGGGGGCUUGGGGGUCGGGAGGUGGUUACAACAUUGUGAAAAUUCCAUUACUCUAUAUCUAAUUCAUUUUAACAGCUCAUCAGGCUGCUUAGUAACUGUGCAUAGAAAAAAAGCCAAUAAAUGUGAUUGCAAUGAAAUGAAA